UGGACGCAAUCAGUUGUGCUUUUUCUCUUCAGCGAACAGCACGCAGUAAUCGCACUCGCAACAUGGAUUUCUACUACGCACCUCGUGGAAGUGGAUGCCGUACGGUUAUAAUGGUUGCCAAGGCCCUCGGUCUGGAGCUGAACAAAAAGCAGCUGCGACUCUCGGAGGGGGAGCACCUGAGGCCAGAGUUCCUGAAACUCAAUCCCCAGCACACCAUCCCCACGCUGGUGGACAACGGGUUCGCUAUUUGGGAGUCCCGUGCCAUCGCCAUUUAUCUGGUGGAGAAAUACGGCAAGGAUGACUCUCUCUAUCCCAAGGAUCCUCAGAAGCGUGCCUUGAUCAAUCAGCGUUUGUUCUUCGAUCUGGGUACACUGUACGAUUCGUUCAAGAGAUACUACUACCCAUUCGUCCGUACCGGUCAGUUUGGAACUGCCGACGAUUUCAAGAAGGUCGAAGCCGCCUUUGAGUUCCUGAACAUUUUUCUCGAGGGCCAGAACCACGUGGCUUGCAGCCAGUUCACCCUCGCCGACAUUGCCAUCCUGUCGAGCGUUUCCACUUUCGAUAUCGUUGAGUUUGACAUCAGCAAGUACAUUAAUGUGGACAGGUGGUACGCCAAAGCAAAGAAAUAUACCCCUGGAUGGGAAGAGAAUUGGGAGGGUCUGCAGCAAUUGAAGACUGUUUACGAGGAUCAAAAGGCAGCUGCAAAAUAAAACUUUGCUAAAUAUUUAUUUUACUUAUUUACCUAUAACUUGAAUCUUAGCAAACGUGUGCACUUACAAAUAAAAAAAUAUUAAAUUGAUCUGCA